AUGGAUUACGAAAUCAUCGCGAGCAUGGACCGCUGCGCAGCUAACAAUGACUCCAAGAGCUUCUUUGGCGCCAUGGGCUGUGCAUUUGCCAUCGUGCUCUCAACAUUCGGCGCGGCCUACGGCACGGCCAAGCCCGCCGCCGGCAUCUUCUCCUCUGGCAUCCUUCGUCCUGAGCGUCUCGUGCCCAACACGCUUUGUGCCGUCAUGGCUCAGAUCUUGUCCAUCUACGGGCUGGUCUGUUGCGUCGUCAUGAUUCCCAGCAUCAAUGAGAAAAUGGCCCUGCACACGGCCUUCUUGCAGCUUGGCGGCGGCAUCGCCGUUGGUCUUUGUGCGCUGGCUGCCGGCUUUUCCAUUGGCAUUGUCGGCGACGCUGGAGUCCGCGCCAGCUCCCAGCAGCCCCGUCUAUACAUGGGAAUGGUCCUGAUCCUCAUUUUCUCUGAAGUCUUGGGUCUCUAUGGGUUUGUCAUUUCGCUCUUGAUGAUCACCAAGUCAAAGUCCGAUGUUACCAAAUGCCUGUAUUAG